AUGGGCGUCAAUGAUGCUUUAAUUGAUGAUUCGCCUAUGAGUCAAAGUGAAUUGGCAUUAUUACCUUAUAAAAGUUUAGAUCUAUCUUCAGAACAUUAUCCAUUCAUAUUACUUGAACAAAAUCUUGGUUUGCCAUUAGAGCACACAGCCAACAUAUUUAAAUAUGCUCAUGAGCAAUUUAUGAAAAAUAAGCAUAACAUAAUAAAUAUUGAAAACAAUAGGAAUGUUAAUGAAGAAGAAAGUGAUUAUCAAGAAAUCAUUAAAACAUUAAAAGAGUCUUCUAGAUGCAUGAUAUUAAUUAAUCCAGAGUGUUAUACUGUUAUUAAUACAAGAAAAAAAUUAAUCUUGAAUAAAUUAAUAGAUCCUGAAUAUGAGUUAAAGCUGAUAGAUCUAAUCUUAACUUUUCCUAAACAUACAAAAGGUUCUAUUAUUUGGCAUCAUAGGAAAUGGACAAUUUUACAAAUUCAAUCAUUGCAAUCUUUUUCAUCACCUAAUGGAUAUUUUUUGACAGAAAAAAAUUUAACUCAUGAAAUUAAAAUAAUUCAACAUGUUUUAAAUUUAUAUCCAAAAAAUUAUUUUUCCUGGCUACAUAGGUAUUGGAUGCUUGAGCAACUUGAAUCUAUGACAACUGUGGCAGCAGUACCAUCAUUAUUCAACAAUAAUAAGGACAAGGAAGAGGAGGAAAGAUUGAGAUUUUAUAACGAAUUUUUAUCUCAAGAAUUAAAAAAUGUUAAAAAUUGGAUAAAUUUAAAUUUAUCAGAUUAUUCAGGAUUUAAUUAUUUACAAAAUUUAUUAAUUAAAAUUAUUAAAAAUUUACACUGUAACAAUCAAAAGGAAGAAGGUGAUGGUAAUAGUGAUGAAAAUUCCACCAUUAAAAAUAAUUUAUUUGGAUUUUCAAGAAUGAAUUUAUUUGAAUUAUUAUCAUUGCAAAAAAAUCAAGAAAAUCAAAAAGGAAAUAAUUUAGAAAGCAAUGUUAUUAUUAGAAAAUUAAUGGUGAAAGAAUUUAAAUUUAUCAAAAGAUUAAUUCUAAGAUAUUUUGGAUAUGAAAAAGAAAAUGAGAGGAAUGAAGAUGAUGCUGACAUUGAGGUUAUUAAUUGUUCUCCAACUUUUGAUAAUGAAUUAAAUUUCUCAAAUCAUUGUGUUAACAAUAUCAACAACAUGUUAUCAAACAAUUUAUUAGAAGACAAUAAAAAUCAUGAUGAUGAAGAAUUUAUUGCUGUUGGAAAAGGACUUGAUAUUGGAAUUGUUAAACAAUUAACAAAACAAAAAUGUUUUGCAUUAAAUUAUCAACUUUGGAUCUUUGAAUUGUAUUGUAAGCCAAUAGAUGAUGAACAAGUAAGGAGUUUAAUCAAUGAAUUAGCAGAGUUAAUUCCUGAAACAAAUUACUACAAUUCAUUAUUAACAAGAAAAAAAGCUAUGUCAGAUUCUUAG